AUGUCCACCCCAAUUCCAUCGCCUCCCGGAAUUCCAAUCUUGGGCAACGUGUUGGACAUUGAUCCAAACAACGCCAAUCAGAGUCUCCGUCACCUGGCGGACAAGUAUGGUGAGACCUUGAUGCCCCUGCCGCUGAUACAGACCGAGUAUGUUGCUGAUAUUCGCGUUAAAGGCCCCAUCUUCAAAUUGACUGUCUUCGGUUCCGACAGGUAUAUCAUCAGCUCGGUCGAACUGCUCAAUGAGAUCUGUGAUGAAAAACGCUUCUGCAAAUCCGUGUCGGGUGCCCUGGAACAAGUACGCAACGGGGUAGGAAAUGGUCUUUUCACUGCCUACCAUGGCGAGCAUGAUUGGGAGGUCGCUCAUCGCAUCCUUGUGCCUGCGUUUGGUCCGAUCGGUAUUCACGAUAUGUACGACGAGAUGUACGACAUCGCCACCCAGUUGGUCGCAAAGUGGGCGCGCGCUGGGCCCGAUCAGAAGAUCGCAGUCACGGACGAUUUCACUCGACUGACCCUGGAUUCCAUCGCGCUAUGUGUCAUGGGCAAGCGCUUCAAUUCGUUUUACUCAGAAAAACUCCACCCCUUUGUCAAUGCAAUGGUCGGUUUCUUGGUGGAGUCUGGACGCCGGUCUCAACGCACGAGAAUUGGAACCCUUCUCAGCAGAUCGAGCGAACGCCAGUACUAUGAGGACAUCAACACGAUGAGAACCGUCGCCAAGGAAAUGGUUGACUUCCGCCGAGCCAACCCGGUCGACAAGAAAGACUUGCUCAAUGCCAUGCUUUUCGGAAAAGACCCAAAGACGGGAGAGAAGAUGACGGAUGAGAGCAUCAUCAACAAUAUCAUCACUUUCCUCAUCGCUGGACACGAAACGACUUCGGGCCUGCUUUCAUUUGUCUUCUACCAGCUUUGCAAGAACCCCGAUGCAAUGCGCAAGGCUCAGCAGGAGGUUGACAGUGUGGUUGGUAAGGGUCCGGUGACAGUCCAGCACGUCUCGAAGCUGCCCUACAUCGAAGCAAUCAUGAGAGAAACCCUUCGACUCACGCCCACCGCUCCCGGAUUCGCUGUUAAAUCGUUGGACACCGUCGCUGGGCCCGUGGUCCUCGCUGGAAAAUACACCAUUCCGGCUGGCCGUCCCAUCAUUGCUAUGCUAUCGAAAAUCGGACGUGAUCCGGUUGUCUAUGGUGCGGAUGCCGACGAAUUCAAGCCUGAGAGAAUGUAUGGAGAGAACUUUGCAAAACUGCCACCCAACGCUUGGAAGCCGUUCGGAAAUGGCGCUCGUGGGUGCAUUGGGCGCCCUUUUGCCUGGCAAGAAGCGAUUCUGGCUAUUGCUCUUAUUCUUCAGAACUUCAACGUCAGAUUGGACGACCCGUCGUAUCAACUGCAAAUCAGACAGACCUUGACCAUCAAGCCAGACAACUUGUUUCUCCGAGCCACUUUACGCGACGACAUCGAUCCCGUGAAAUUGGAGCGGAAGAUGUACGCAGGGCUCGAAACUGAAGACGCCCAUCACAAGGAACGCAGCGCUCUGGCCAAGAAAGCUGGUGACGCGGGAAAGCCAAUGUUGAUCCUCUACGGAUCCAAUUCGGGUACUUGUGAAGGGUUGGCGCAGGGUCUGGCUAACAGUGCAGGGAAUCGAGGCUUCAACGCCACCGUGAAAUCUCUGGACGCUGCCGUUGACCAGCUCCCCAGCAACCAGCCCGUCAUCGUCAUUACUGCAAGCUACGAGGGCAAUCCUCCCGACAACGCCGUAGGGUUCGUGGAAUGGCUCAAGACGGUGGAUGCUGGCAAGGUCAAGAAUGUCCAAUUCGCUGUCUUCGGCUGUGGCCAUCGCGACUGGGUUAGCACUUUUCAGAAAAUCCCGAAGCUGAUUGAUUCCGAGUUGGCUGCGAAAGGAGCAAAGCAAAUUGCAGAGCGCGGACAAUCCGAUGUCGCCGAGGGGAAGGUGUUCGACGACUUCGACGAGUGGCAGGACGAGAAGCUCUGGCCUACUCUAUCUGUCGACGCUGGAGCUGACGAGAUCCCCGGGGCGUUGGACAUGGAGAUCAGCACCAGCGCUCGCGCAUCCCAUCUCCGGCAUAACGUGCAGGAGGCGUUGGUUUUGGAGAAUGAGCUGUUGACCGAUCCCUCGAUCCCAGAGAAGAGACACACCGAGUUCAAACUCCCGACCAACAUGACGUACGAAGCUGGAGACUAUCUCGCUCUGCUACCAGUCAACAAUGUCCAGACAAUCUCGAGAGUCCUCCGCCGAUUUGGACUCCCGUGGGAUGCAUUCAUGACACUGGCCAAAGGCGCGCAUACCACCAUUCCAACGGAAAUACCUAUUGCGAUCUCAGCCGUGCUGGGGGCGUACGUGGAAUUGAACAAUCCUGCCAGCCGCAAGCACAUUGCAACUCUCAGCAAGUACGCCAAAGAUGAAUCAGUUCGCAAGGAGGUCUCGGAGAUCACGGGGCCCUCGUCCGUUUUGGAAAUCCUGGAGAAGUAUCCGAGCAUCGAGCUCCCGUUUGCCGCCUACCUCUCCAUGCUCACCCCCAUGCGCAUCCGCCAGUAUUCCAUCUCGUCCUCGCCGCUCCACGACCCAACCAAGGUCAGCAUCACAUACACCGUGGUCGGCGCCGGCACCAGCCACGUUGGCGUUGCGACAAACUACCUCAAAUCUCUAUCGGCGGGCUCCACGGCGCAGCUGAUGAUCAAGAAGUCACAUCCGAGCUUCCACUUACCGCUGGACACCAAGACGCCGAUCAUCAUGGUCUGCGCCGGCACGGGUCUCGCGCCCUUCUUGGGAUUCGUCCAAGAACGCGCCGUCCGCAUCGCCGCUGUCGGCGGGAACCGCGACGCGUUCGGCGAAGCGCUCUUGUUCAUCGGAUGCCGCUUCCACAACAAGGACCGGUUGCACGCCAAGCAGCUCGACGAAUGGGCCGAGCAGGGCGCCGUCAAGCUGUUCUACGCCUUCAGCCGCGAGCCCGAGCACUCCGAGGGGUGCAAGUACGUGCAAGACCGACUCUGGCGCGAGCGCGAGACACUCAACAAGCUGUUCAGCGAGGGCGCCAGGGCGUACAUCUGCGGCAGCGGUUCCGUGGGCAAGGGCGUCGCGGACGUCGCGGCCAAGAUCGCCGUGGAGCGCGCCGAGAAGAGCGGCAAGGCCCUGUCCCAUGAAAAGGCACUGAAAUGGUGGGAGGAUCUGAGGGGUGAGCGCUAUGCGGUCGACGUCUUUGACUGA